CUGUAAUGCUCAGACAAUUUGCAAAAUAGCAAAACCAACAUCACAAAGAAUCAUGAUAAAAUGGUGAAUCGUGAUAUUUCUGAAAAAAAUCAUGAUAUGAUAUUUUUGCCAUAUUGCCCACCCCUAGAAUGACAGCAGUUUCAGUGAAGUACAUUUUGAAAUAUCCGGUAGCAGUGUUCUGAUGAAAUAUCAAGAUACAAAAUGAACAUGCAUUUUUGCUGGCUUCUAGCCAUUUGUGUUUGCUUUUUACUUUUAGCCCCAACUGAUGAUAAAAUCAAUCAGCAAGAACUUCCUAGUGUGGCCGGAAAGAUUUUGCUGUCAUGCCCAAAAAGAUUCUGAAGACAUGCCCACCACCCCCUGUGAAACCAGUUAAAUCUCUGAUCUUUUAACUAACUGUGCUUAUGAUGCCACACUGUAGGCCAUUAUCAGUAAUAACAACAAAUCAGCCUAUAGAGAAAAUGUCAACAGGAUUGAGAAGACAAGACAGACCAAGAUCAAGACUUGACUUAUACAGUGCAUCAACAACUUAAAAAAAGGAAAACACCAGUUUUGAAGCUGAAAACAUGACCGGAAGCACAGUGCAAAACAACACUAUGCAGCAGAAGGGAUUGACAAACUUGGCGAUCUUUUCAGCUUGCAUUUCACUUGCCACUAUUGUUGUGGGUCUCAUUGGAAAUGGGAUUGUCAUAUUUCUGACUGGCUGCAGAAUGAAGAUGACUGUCAGUGUCAUGUGGUUUCUCAACUUGGCAGUUGCAGACUUCAUCUACUUGUUAUACUCAUGCACAGAGCAUUUCUCAGUUUUAGGCCAGUGGAAAAGUAAAUCACUGGAUAAUUUCAUCAAGAUGUCAUCGAUGAAUCUGUUUGCUAGUAUUUUCUUUCUUGUAGUUAUCAGUCUGGACCGAUGCCUGUGCACAUGGAUGGUUGUUUGGGCACAAAACAAACGAACUUUACUUGGAGCCAGGAUCAUUUGUAUAAUUGUGUGGGUUUCAUCCAUCGGCUGCAGCAUUCCUUACUACAUAAUGGUUCAUAAUAAUUUAUAUCUGAUCACAUAUGAAUUUACAGUGGGCUUCCUCAUGCCCUUUCUGAUCAUUGCAUCUUCAUAUAUAGCUAUUGGAGUUCGAAUCAAACACUUCAAAAGCAGAAAGCAGCUCAGGUCGUACCGGGUCAUUAUAACUGUAAUCUUAGCUUUUUUCAUAUGUUGGUUUCCAUACCAUGUUUGGAGUUUUAAUUCAGUAACUGCAGAAAAAAAGGACCAAGACGUGUUUAAAAUUGUCAGUUUCUACCUGGUUGAUCUAAACAGCUGUCUGAACCCCUUUCUCUAUGUGUUCAUGUGUGAUGAGUAUAAGAAGAAGCUUAAACGGUCUCUGCAGCUGGUGCUGGAGACGGCUUUUGCUGAAGAUCAUCUGGACUUUAGUGCACAUGGAAGUGGACGAGCAGGACAAGAAAACCAAACCGAAGUGUUAGAAGUCUAGAAAACUGGUCCCUAGAUAAUAAACCUGGAUCUAACCCAGUAUGUUUAUAGUCCUUAUCUAGCAACUUGUAAAAUUGCUUGUUGCAUGACUGUGUGUAAUUUGUGUUGAAAAUUGAAAACCAUUGAAAAUCUCUUCAAGUAGGCUAAUAAAUAUUAUAUGUUUGUGAAACCUUUCCAAAUAUCCAAAUAUCCAAAAUAUGCAAAAACUCAUUCUGUUAUGCUGAUCUCUGUUUCAGCUUUUCUCUGAGUAAAACCACAGUGUAUCAGAAAUGUUGCCUGCAUUCACUGGUAAUUUCCUUAAGGAUUUUUGCUCUCACAGUAGCAAAUUCUUAUUAAAGGGGUUUCCCUAUGAAGGACCGGACAAUCCUCAAAUGCAAACUGUGUGUGUUUUGCCUUGAGAGCAACCAUACAUUUUGCUUACUUUUUAUAUAUUUUUAAUUUAUUCUUCAUUCAUUUAUUCAUGUUUAAUCAUAUAAUCAUUUAUAAUAAUCAUUAUAGUCAUUUAUAUAUUCAUUUUAUUGAUUCGUUAAUUGAUUAGUCAUUCAUAUUAUGUUGUAGUUGUUUUUUUAUAUAUUUUUUCCAUUGUUGUUUAGUCUUAUGAUUGUGUGGUUUCAAGGACUGUUGUCUUCAUGAAUAAGAGAUAUAAGGGAAUGUUUAUAGAAACUCAAGGUUUAUGGGAUGUUGCUGUGAAUCAGUUUGGUAUAACAAUACUUGUUGGAUUUGUGUUCUUCAGAUGAAGUCUGAGCAUUGAGACAUACACAAAUAAGACUAUUCAAUAAACUCUGCUUCUUUUUACCAUCCUUACUUCA